UCGGUGAUUUUUGGUGGGAAAAAAGAAAUAGAAAUAACUUGGAUGAGCCACAGAAUUAUUUUGGCACAGAAAAAUAAGGGAUCUGGAAACCCCUUGACAGUGUCUGUAAUACGGAGGUGGACUCGGCCAUGCUGCUGGAGUGACGCCUCGGCUGACAGCCUGGAGCCGGCAAUGAGCGUGCCUGGAGGUGCCAAAGCAGGGAUUAAACCGAGGCCCGGUGACAGGAGGCUGUCCUGGCCCGUCAUGCUGCUGACCCUGGCCGCUGUCACCUCCUCCUCCCUUUCAGCCAUGUCCUUGUACCAGCUGUUGGCCCUCAGGACUGAAGUGGAGGAACUCAGAUCCAAUGCGUGUCACUGGAGAGAUCAGCAGCAAGAGCCCAGACACAGAGGCCAGAACUUGGAGGAGAUGAGUAACAGGAGAGUCCGACUGACGCCUCCGGACCAGCCCGACUCUCCGCUGGUCCUCCCACGGCCAAGAAAAAGGAGAAUGGCCACAGCAGAAAAUACAGUUUUGCAGCCGAGCAUACAGAUGAUGGCGGACAGCAACAGAGAAACCUUCUCAAAAGAGUUUGCCUUGGAGCCGCACACAGCCAUCCCCUGGCAGCAGGGGUUAAGGAGGGGUUUUGCCCUGGAAGUAGAGAACAACAUCAUGCUGGUCAGAGAGGAGGGAUUCUACUUUGUCUACAGUCAGGUGUACUACAUGGACCACACCUAUGCCAUGGGUCAUGUGGUGAUCAGGAAGAAGAGAAACGUGGUAGGAGAUGAACCCCAGUAUGUCAUCCUGUUCCGCUGCAUCCAGAACAUGAACCCUGCCUGUCCUUACAACACCUGCUACACUGGAGGUAUUGUGAAGCUGGAGAUUGGGGACCACAUCGAGCUGCUGAUCCCCCGUUCAGCAGCUAACGUGUCUCUGUAUGGAGAUGCCACCUUCUUGGGGGCUGUCAAACUGGCUUGAAUUGUAUAUUCAGCUUGCUUGGGACCUGUAGUAGCUGGGCCUUCAUUUUGGGAGCAUUGUCGUGGGAGUUUGGUCCCAUUCUGGGAAAGCUAUGAGGCGCAAGGCACACAGCUGGCGAUCCAAUCUUAAUUUGAUGCCCGAGCAGCUGUCCUGGAACUGGAUGAAAUACAGACUCCUGAUCCUGUUAAUAAUGGUUACCUGUGCAUUCUGUGUAGCUUGUUCAGACUGGGGUGGAUGUGAAGCGGAGUGAAAGGCAAUGACUUCAACCUUGCACAUACACUGUCAUACCCCCGUUAUCCAAAACAUUUAGAAAAUGUCACAUUUCUACUGCAAAUGAACUUAAAAUAUUGCAAAUUGCCCCACAAUCUUUCAGGUAAGUGGCUUCAAGGUCGUUUGUUUUGUUGUUGUUGUUGUUGUUUGUUUUUUUUUGGUCGAAACGAAGAAAAACUGUCAUACAAGAGAGACUUUUUAACAAGAGACGUGUGACUGGUUUGAAAUGUAAGAGACAUUGCUUGUCCAACGUAACUGGAUGUAUUGAUUAAUUAUCAGUAGGUACGGUGAUCGUUUUAUAGCUGUUAGAACAGAAAAAGGAAGUUGCUUGCAAAUAUAUUUUUGUAUGAAUGCUUCAUCAUGAUUUCAGUUGCCUGUUUUACUUUUUAUUUUUUCUGAUAUAAAAAAAUCACAAUAAAGU